AUGGCUGCCCCAUCACCCAAAUACCGCCCAUCGAGUCCCUUCGCCGCCCCGGCAUACGAUCUUGCUCUUUCAUCGAUCGGCGAUUCCAGCUUCAUCUCAGAAAGUGGCCAUAUGGACUCAGAGAGCAAGGCUACUACCCCAUCUGCUUCUCCUAAGAUGAUUGAAAGCCGAAUCUAUCCUGAUGUGCCUGACUCUGCUGGCCUAACGGAUGAGGCAGAUGAUGCCAGAGAAGAAUUUGUGAAUGGGUCCGCAAGCCCAGAUGACGACGAAGAUGACAGAAGUGUUCACUCGGCUGUGCCAAGGGUCGCCAUAGGAUGGAGACUACGCGAUAUUGCCAGCCGCCUCAGAAAUUUCAAGAACGCUCCGCCACAAUCGGGGACGGCGACGCCUGAUCCUGACAAAGACAACAUUACGACCUUGCAGCGCCACGUGGAAAUGAUGGAGUGGGUUUCGGGAUUGUUGAACCAAGUACCAUCCGAAACGGCCUCGUCAAUUGGCGAGGAACCGGAAAGGUUCAUAUACAUUCCGAAGCUACACGGGGUUAAAUGGCGCGAUUUCGUAGUGCAGCCUCCACCACAUGUACCAACUGGAGACGAACCGACACCUCACACUCACUACGCGGUCUCCUUUCUGGAUGGGGAGUUUCCCAAUCGAAGGCGCGUACCAGGAGCCAACUGGUUCGAGGAGAUUGAGGAGGCUCCUCCUCCCAUUGAUGUCGCUUCCGGACGUCCUGAAGGCGUCAAAAGCCUUCCACCGGUCAUUCAUGUGAACUCUUUGGCUACACGAAGGCUCCUUGCUUCAGUCACUGAGGUGACAAUCAAUGUUGAUGCACCCAGAGGGCAACUUGUUAUUUAUAGACCCUACAAAAUUCUGGUUCAUUUCGACGAUCAAAUUCGCAGGCAAUUUGCUGAGAUCGAGGAUCUUAUUUCCAAAGCAGGUCGAGGCCCUCCAGCUAGGAGUGGUGACGCAAACGCCGACUCUCUCAGAGAGAAGAAUGAAGGGAUCAAGACUGAGAACGUCACCGGCGAGAAAGAAAGUGAUACUUCAGGCGCUGGUAAGCCUUUGCCUCGUAUAUCACUAUUUAGGCCCGCAAGGCUGAAGGAGCAUACGUACGAGGAGCUCCAGGAAGCAAGAGCAGACUUCGCCGCGCUGGUUGAGUUUAUGGACAAAUUUUUGUCUCCUUUAUGCAAAGCUCUUAAAGAUGCCAAAGAGAUGCGUGUCAGCUUCAAUGAAUUGUGGCACCUCUAUAUGCCUGGGAGCCUGGUAUAUGUCAAAGAUCCUGGUGUGCCUCAAAAGCUGUGGCGUGUCAUUCAAGGCACUGAUGGAAGAGUCGGUGCAUUCGCACCAAUAUUGCACCCCACUCAUCCAGGGUUCUUGAAACUUGGAGGCAGGGCCAGUGCUAGCAGAGCAUCACCCAUGAGAUUGGACUGCUACUACGUGGACUUCAACGGCACUCAUUACGUCCGGGUUCUAAAGCGGUUUCAGAUCGAACCGUUCAAAGAAUUCGUGAGCAUUAGAGGUCUCUCCAUUCUGCCUCUGAACGUUGCUGAAACCGAAGGCUUGGUGGACAUUGAAGACCUUCGACGACAGAGUGAAGAUUUCCUAUCUUACACCAAGCCCUCGUACUGUUAUUUCAGAGGUCGAAGUUAUGUGCAUGAACCGGAAGGCACUCUCAUGCGUCGGCCAGCAGAUACAAUGAUGGGCUCUGUAGCCGUGUUGUCUGAAGCCAUCGAAAGUCCUGUGGUUGUGGACUUCGAGCGCUGCCUGCAAACAAUACCCGACUGGAAACCAUGCAGAGAGCCAAGAGAACUAUUUUCACACAACAAAGACAUCGGACCUCCGCCGUCAGCCGAUGACGAUCGCGUAUGGGACUUGCGAAUUGCCGAAAAAGUUCUGAACUACACGGACCAAUCCCAAUCGCUCGAGUGGUACAGCCGAUCACCGCCGACAGGGGAUGAAGUUCUCCUUUUGCCAAAUAGAGUAUUCGUCUUCGUCUUGCGAACACGUCGCUGGGCUUCGAUUCCGCUUGGAGCUGGAAACGCUGGUACCGAUGAUCAUAGUCUAACACGCAUGACGGCAGAUCCAUCCGCAUGGGAUUCCCUUCAGAUUGACCAGAAUCACAGGUCCAUUAUCCAAUCUCUGAUGGCCACUCAUUUCCGCAAGAACAAGUCUGAACGUCGACAAUUUGACCUCAUUCGGGACAAAGGAAAAGGGCUCAUUGUCUUGCUACAUGGUGUCCCAGGCGUAGGGAAGACGUCAACAGCCGAAACUGUUGCACAGUAUUACAACAAACCUUUGCUGCCGAUUACUUGCGGUGAUCUCGGAAUGAGCCCAAAUGAUGUCGAAUCCAAGCUUCAGCACUCAUUUCAGCUGGCUCAAGCCUGGGAAUGUGUACUGCUUCUUGACGAAGCUGAUGUGUUCCUCGCCGAACGCAGUCAAGACAACAUUGAGCGAAAUGCCCUCGUAUCUGUGUUCCUUCGCGUGAUGGAGUACUACGAAGGCAUCCUCUUCCUCACAACAAACAAGGUUGGCUCUUUUGACGAGGCCUUCAAGUCCCGCAUGUCAAUGGCCCUCUACUACCCUCCCCUGAAACAAGACCAAACGGAAAGGAUCUGGGCUGUUCAACUUGAGCGCACCGAGAAGCUCUCCGUCGAAGCUGCCCCUGACGACGUGGACCAGCACGUGCAGUUUGACCGCGUGGAGAUCAUGACCUUCGCCAACAAGCUCUGGAUGUUGCAGGAUCUCAAACCAGAGUUCAAGCCCGUUUGGAACGGGCGACAGAUUCGCAACGCUUUCCAGACGGCUGUCGCGCUGGCAGAGUGGCACCAGAAAGAGAACAACAUCAAAGGUCUGAUCAAAGUCAAGGGAGAGCAUUUUGCGAAGGUCGCACAGGUUUCGAAUGAUUUCAAUAAGUACCUGUGGGAGGUGAAGAAACAACGGACUGAUGAAGCGUUGGCAUUCAAGAAGGCCCACCGUUUUGACCAGUUUAUCUCGUCUCAACUCGGCGGCGGCACAGGCAAUCCUGGGCAGCAACAGACCACGGGGCUUGGGGGUUGGGACGGUUCGAUGAACGCGGGGAUGAUGGGGUUCGGCGGGCAGACUGGGACGGGGAUGGCAGGACCUGGGUUUGGAGGUGGUGGCAUGCAACCUCAGGGCGGAUUUGUGAGCCCUCAGUCAUGGCAGAGUGGAUUCGGUGGUAUGACGGGUAAUGCUACCAACAUGGGAUCAGGGAUGCAUCCUGGCGGUGUCAAUGUCCAAGUCAUGCCCGGCCAGAGCAUAGCUGGGUUGACAGAUCAGCAGCAGACACCAUCGACGAAUCCUCAACAAGGAGGGUCGAUGCAAGCAAUGUUCGGCCAAAGCAGUUGGGCAUGA